AUGGCGUGGCGUCCACCAAUUGCGAACAUGGUCUUGCAAGCAGCUUCAAAUCAAGCAGGAGGAAACCAGAACCAAGCUGGUUCAUUUGGUGCAAACCAAAAUCACCCAAAUCCCAUCCCAAUUCCCACUGCGACUCCGAUCGGAAACUUCGAUCCGAAUGAUAUGACGAAUCCUCUUCACCUUCAUCCGAAUGAGAGCCCAACCCUACAGCUCGUGACAGUACAGUUGGAAGGAAGGUCCAACUAUCAUUCUUGGUCAAGAGCCAUGGAGAUGGCACUAAUGUCCAAAAACAAGAUGAGUUUUGUGAGAGGGCUUGUGGCUGUUCCAAGCAAGCUUGAUCCAAGGUAUUAUUACUGGGAGCGCUGCAACACAAUGGUCCUUUCGUGGAUAUUUAGGGCUGUCUCACCUACUAUAGCUCGGAGUGUCCUUUGGAUUAAUACCGCUGAAGGUGUAUGGAAGGAUCUGAAAAAACGCUUCAGUCAACAGGAUGUGUUCAGAGUUGCUGAAAUUCAGUCACAAAUCUACCAUACGAAGCAAGGUAACUCCACCAUAAAUGAGUAUUUUACACAAUUGAAGUUGUUGUGGGAUGAACUCCUUGUUUUGAGACCCAUCCCUAGCUGUGAGUGUUCCACUGGAUGUGAAUGUGGAAACAGAUUAUCUGAAAAAGUGAAGGGGCACCUAGAGAAUGAUAUGUUAUCUGCUUUUCUAACUGGCUUGAAUGAUAGCUACAUUAACACCAAGCAUCAGAUCAUGCUGAUGAAACCCCUCCCAGAUAUCAGUGAAGCCUUCUCCAUGAUUUCACAGCAAGAGAGGCAAGUGUGUGUUGAAUCUAGUACUCUGGAAGAUAGUAUUACAGGGGCAAAAUUUUUUUUUACAAAGGCAGAUAAUAACAAUAGAAGACCAUUCUCUAAUCAGAAGCAGAAACCUGUAUGUAGUUAUUGUGGUUAUACAGGACAUACUAUUGACAAGUGUUACAAGAAGAAUGGCUAUCCCCCAGGUUGGAAGCCAAGAAACAAAGGUUUUGGAUCAGCUAAACAAAUCCAGGGUUCUGUGCAAGAAACUGGAAGUUUAGAAGCUAACUCCUCAUUUACUCAAGAGGACUGCAGAAGGUUUCUGGAGUUUAUGCAACAACAAGAGAGAGCCAGGGUCAAUACCCCUCUUGAUCAUGCUCCACAGGCCAAUAACAUAGCAGCCAACUUCAUUCCAAAUGCCCAACAUGAAGGAUCAACACCAUGGGAAGAUGAUUGGUAUGACUAAGCUGGAGAAGGGGCUCUACCACCUUGUUUUUCCUGUUUUUUCUCAAUGUAAACCUGCUGUCUUGCCUGUAGUUAAUACUUGUAACUUCUGGCAUGCUAGGUUAGGGCAUGCUUCUGAAGGAAAAAUAAAGUUUCUACAAACAAUAGACAACAAAAUUUGUAAUGAUAAGCCUACUGUUUGUGAAAGUUGC